GCUGGUCGCCGUACCAGACGGACGUACAUUGAGGUUGGCUCUUGGAGAAUCUCACGUGGGUAGCGAAUUGGAAGAGUGUUUCGAGUACUCUGGAAUAGUACUUGGUUUCUGACAAUGUUUCUCGGCCUCAAGGAGAUGGUCGUGGCAGCUCUCGUGUUGACUGCGCGUGCCGAGAGAGCCUUUGUCUUCCAGCCAGAGAACGAGCUCACGGCCGAGUCCUUCGCCACCCUCUACCCGAGUACUUCCCCUGAGGUCUUGGCGGACUUGACGGUGUGCGCCUGGUUCAAGGUCUUUCACUUCAGGGGGUCGAGCUCCUACCUCUUCUCGUACGCGACGUCGGACAAGGACAACAAUGAGAUGAACUUUGGUUUGAAGCCCGACCGUGUCUUUGGUGUGCUCGGAGGAAACUACAUCUACAGCCCAGAACAAAGCCAGACACUGAUCUUCCCUAGACGAUGGUACCACAUGUGCAUUUCGGCCGAUACCAAGGCAGGGGAAGGAACAGUGUAUCUGAAUGGCCAGGCGAGCGGAGAGAAAAUGAGAGACAGAAACAUUCUCACCAACGGAUCCCUCGUACUGGGCCAAGAGACGGACAUGGUCGGCGGAGGUUUCCAGGCUGAGCAGUCCUUCUCCGGGGUCGUCACGGCCUUCAACCUAUACUCCCGAGCGCUGAGCCUGGAGGAGGUGCACGCCCUUGCGAACUGCUCCGGCGGUGUGCCCGAGGGGGACCUAGUGGCCUGGAGCGCGUCUUCGUGGCUAAUCAACCCAGUGGCUGCCUCCGAGGGGCUGGUGAAGAUGGUGGAGGUGCAGCCCUCUGACUACUGCAAUCCUCAGAGAUUCGAUUUCUCGGUCUUCGGGAAGCGGAUGCCAUUCCAAGACGCGUGGAACUUCUGCCGCCAUCUUAAGACCCGGAUGACGAUUCCUGAGAACCCAGAGGAAAACCAGGUGCUGUACGAAGCAAUCGAGGGCCUGGCUGAGCAGUGCCAACCGCCCAACCACAACAAGGGCUUUUUCUGGCUCGGUGCCAAGGACGAGGUGGAAGAGGGACUGUGGAUGGAUGAAAAGAACGUUCCUCUGAACUACACAAACUUCGAAGGCACAGCUCGCACUUCGAGCAAGGACUGUUCAGCCAUGCUGGUUCCUCCCUAUCGUGAAGUGUGGGAUGACAUGUCGUGCGGGAACACCUACCACUUCUGUGUAACCUGUCAGGAGCUCGAGCCAGUCGUGCUGAAGAUGCGAGGUCUCUGUGAAGAUGACGAGAAGGGAGCUUGGUUCAGGAUAGAGCGAGACCAAGGCGACAGACCAAAUUUUAAGGGCUUCACUAAAUACUACAUCUUCUACGACAAGAACUCGACCUGGAGUCUCAUCAACAUGUGGACAAGGGAAACGGUCGCUUCCUAUUUCACUUACAACGGGGGACUGCCAUUCGGGACUCACAACUGGACUACAACCACCAACUACGAUAUUUGUGAGAAGCCUAAAGGAUCCCUCCACGCCCUUGCCCUCUCCGCUUGUUAUCCUUGGGAGUUCACCUGCGAGGAUGGGGCUUGUGUUAACCUGACAGAGAGGUGUGAUUUGCGUGUCAACUGCCCCGAUAAUUCUGACGAGAAAGGAUGCGAGAAAUUACUUCUGCCGCAGGAUUACUUGCCUGCUCUUCCUCCGCCGGGAGUCGAGCCGGGUCCUCUGGGUCUGAAUAUCACCGUCAGGAUACAGGGAUUCUCGCAGGUGGACAUCCGGGACAUGAAACUGACGGUGGACUUCUCGACGACCAUCUCCUGGCAUGACCUCCGCGUCCGCUACCAGAACCUGAAGCCUCUCGUUGACCUCAACUACAUGGAUCCGACCUCGGUGUGGACUCCGACAGUGGAAUUCGUGAACGCGGAUUUCCCGAGGAUCUACAAGACGCAGGAGGUCCUCACUGUGGCCCGCUCCUCAUCGCCGAGGAGGAUGACCCUUCAAGGAUCGCCCAUGAUGAAAUAUACGAAGGCUCAAAGAACCCUCUGCGACUUACCCAGAAGAUCAACGCCCCCUUUUCGUGCGCGAUGGACCUGCAGAAUUUCCCCUUCGACACUCAGCAUUGCAAGCUGUUGAUCAGAAUCACCUCCGCCCGCGAGGAAUUCCUACGGUGGAGCGACCUCACAGUCCAGUAUCUUGGGGAGAGACUGCUAACAGAAUACGAAGUCGGAGACAUGACGAUACAGCGGCGGGAGGAGGACGAGUACAGCGUGGCGGUCGUCGGCAUGAUCUUCUACCGUCGCUACUGGUACUACCUGACGUCGGCCUACCUGCCCACCAUCAUGC